CAACACGGGGCCGUCGUCCUCUUUGAAGCUGGCGGGCUGGGCCCACGCUGAGUUUUCAGACCGAGUUAAGCGAUUCAGAAACGGAGCCGGACGGCGCCGCGAACCUUCGUAAAAGAGUUUUUUUUUGUUGUUGUUUUUGUUUUGCUUUUACACUAGCAGCGUCGUGGCUAUUUCCCGGGUUCCUUACUUCUUUUUUUUUUUUUUAAACUCGUCGAAACCAACGUGAGAUAGUGAUUGGACUUGACAAGCCCGCCGCGCUACUGUAUCCACUCCCCCCACCACCCCCACUCACUCCUCAUCUCUCCCAGUUCCACACAACCAGGAAAUCGUCGAGGUGUGCUUCGCUCGCCCCCCCCCCGCUUCGUUGCUACCCCGUUUGCGGGUGUAGAUGCGACUCUACCCGCGCUCCGAGACAUUUAAUCGUUGUUGUUUCCGUUGUUGCUUCGGGUUCGGCUAGUUUGACUUUAAUCCGCUUUCAAGUGAGUCAAAGUUGCCCGCGAGGAGAAGAGCUCCGCUCCGGCCAGACAAUGAGUGAGUCGAGUAUCUGCCAGGCUCGGGCCACUGUGAUGAUCUAUGAUGACGGCAAUAAGAAGUGGCUGCCGGCAGGUGCCGGACCCCAGACUUUCAGCAGAGUCCAGAUCUAUCACAAUCCCUCCAACAAUGCCUUCCGAAUAGUUGGACGCAAGAUGCAGACAGACCAGCAGGUUGUUAUAAACUGUCCUAUUGUGCGAGGGUUGAAGUACAACCAAGCCACACCUAAUUUCCAUCAGUGGCGGGAUGCUCGGCAGGUGUGGGGCCUGAACUUUGGCAGCAAAGAGGAUGCUGCGCUCUUUGCCAAUGGCAUGACACACGCUCUGGAGGUGCUCAGCUCCAUGGCAGACGCAGGCUAUGCAACCCUUCCGCGGCCGAUGUCAAACGGUCCAUCUCCCGAAGAGAUUGAGCAACAAAGGAGGUUGGAGCAGCAGAAGCUGGAACAGCAAGAACGGGAGCGUAAUGAGCGAGAGCGUCAGGAAAGAGAGAGAUUGGAAAGAGAGAGACAAGCAGCAGCAGUACCUGUUCCUCCUGCUCCACCUAUGGUUUCCGGGGGUGUUGCCCCUCCACCCGCACCUCCCCCGCCGCCCGGGCCUCCUCCACCACCUGGGCCUAUUCCAACUGCUAGCGCUCCUCCAUCUUCAGGAGCCCCAUCAGCAGGGCCCCCGCCUCCACCACCUCUGCCAUCAGACAUAGGGGGCAUGAGUGGUGGCGGUGGUGGAGGAGGGGGCUUGGCCGCAGCCCUGGCAGGAGCGAAACUUCGUAAAUUAUCUAAGCAGGAGGACGGACCUGCCGCAGCUCCAGUGGGCAGAGCAGAUUCCAGUCGCAGCAGCAACUCUUCUAUCGGAGGUGGUGGCGACCUGAUGGGUGAGAUGAGUGCCAUCCUGGCCCGAAGGAGAAAAGCAGCUGACACUGGAGAGAAAGUCCCUACGAAGACACAAGACAAUGAGGAGUCGGAGCCUCAAGGUCAAACUGAGAUCAUAAGGAGACCUUGGGAGAAAUCCUCUUCCACUAUGACCAGGAAUAACUCCGUUCCCAAGAGCUUGGACUCCACCUCCUCCUUGUCCCAAACUUCCAGGGUGAAGCCUGCAAACAACAGUAAUGACACAAGUGGAGUAGAUGAGUCAGACUUAGAAAAAAUGAAACAGGAAAUCCUUGAGGAGGUGCGAAAAGAACUUCAAAAAGUAAAGGAGGAAAUUAUAAGAGCCUUUGUUCAGGAGUUGCAAAAGAGAAGCACAUAGCUGAUGCGUAUCUGUUGUAGCAGAUGGACAUGAUGGAUGGAGGCCUGCUGGGACCUUUGCUCCUCUGCGCCAUCUAAUGUAGCCCAGGGAUUUCUCAUUUGCUCUUCUCUCUGUUUCCUACAAGCAUUGCUUUCAUGUCACCAUGCAUACAUACUCUUCACGUAAGUGGUAACCCAGGGAACCUCCUCAGGCCACCAUCCAACUUGUUCAAAGAUCACUUACUUUUAUAGUGAACCUGUCUCCCCCCUCGUUCAUUUGUCCUAUUUCCAAUGUGUCCUCUAUGAGAAUCAGUUGAGAGUUACAGUCGCGGCCACACAGUACGGAUUUGCUGUCAUUAUUAAUUUUCAUAUCGGGUGUCUUUCUCCUACUUGUGUCCUCUUCUGCAUUUACUGAUAAAGCAGUAUUCAGGGAAAAGAUAUUUGCCACAUUUUUUUUUUUACUGUAAAAGCGAGAUGCUGGAUUGUUGGGAUUUUGCUACUCUGCUUUCUCUCAACAUGCAACACAUUAAAAGUAGCUAUACUGUACUUCUGUCAGAUGUAUGCCGGUAGUUUAUUUCCUUUAAUGCUAAUUGGAAGAAAGAAAAUGAAUAAUUGCGGACUGAGCAGAGAACCCAACUCCCUGACUUCUGCAGUAUCUUUCCACCACGUGGAUUUACUUCUUCUGGCACAGCACCAAGCCUUCGCUGCUGCGGGAGGAAGAACCGAGCAAAUGGAUGCCGAUGGACAACCGGAUUGCUGCGAAUGAGGAGUUUUAUGAUGUGUGAGAAAUGUAUUCUCUUUUGCAUUGCACUUGUUCCAGAGUAAAGUGUGAGCAUGUGCCACACUGCCUUGACAGACUUCCUCCCCCCAAUCACAGUCAAAAUGAAAUAUUUGUUGCCCAGUGCAGUGUUUUUAAACUGUGCUUCUGCUGGUUAUUUUCUUCAAUUCUUAGCUAUAUUUUCUACUUUUUUGACAAACAUGGCCAUGAGUAGGUCAAAUAAUUUGGUCGUGACCAACUGCCUUGAGAAUGAAUAUAUAUAUAUACAUAGAUAUAUAUAUGGAUAAAUAUAUUUGUUUUGAGGGAAAGUGGUAAUGCAAAUGAACUGGUUUUUCUAUUUUAAUUAAAAUGACUGGUGAAUGGGGAUUUUGUUUUUUCCUUUUGUUUUCUUUUUUUUUCUAAUAGAAUUUAGGCUUUUUACACUGAAAUACAAAGAAAACAGCUUAGAGACACUGGAUUAGAAAUGCCUUUAUAGUCGAAUACAGCUGCUUCUUGAAAUGCAUUUCUUUGUCUCGUCUUUUUGCAUCCUAAAAUGUGAUCUAAGUAUAUUGGCGUGCAUAUUUUUGGUAAAAUGUGCAUGUAAUACUGUAUAUAUUGUAUUACUCAUAUUAGUCAAAGCACACAGACCGGUUUGCAUAGCUUCUCUGUAGGUUCACUUUCUGCUUUGUUCUUUUGAAUCAUCUUUUGAAUUAUGUGACAUCGCAAGAAAAACUAAAAUCCUA